UGGAGGCCGGCGAGUGCGAUCUUCUUGGACUUUGAUCUUUUUGGCUGCGUAUUCAAUCAUAAAUUGGUUCAAAACAUUAAUUUGCCUUUCCAAUCACUUCAUUAUAAUCUGCCAAUAGCGUCUGUGAAUUGGAUUUAACAAGCUCAAGAAAUCAUAUCUACUAAUAUGGCUGUUUUUGGUGAACACUAUGAUUUAGAGACAAGCCCAAAGACGGUGUCAACGCUCUCAGAUGUGCCUCCGUCCAUCCCAGAAUUCUAUGAGGGUCGCACAAUUUUCAUAACUGGGGCAACAGGGUUCAUGGGAAAAGUCUUGAUGGAGAAGUUGAUGCGGUCAUGUCCAAAAAUCAAAUUGAUUUACGUUUUAAUCCGGCCAAAGAAGGGACAGGCACCGCAGGAGCGUCUCAGUGAUAUUCUCUCUUCAAAGUUAUUUGAUUCUAUUCAUGAAACGCAGCCAGAUUUCAUGGAGCGAAUUAUUCCAAUAAAUGGUGACAUUCUGUCACCUGAGUUGGGCAUCAGUGCCGAGGAUGAAGCCAAACUGAUCUCUGAAGUCUCCAUAGUCUUUCACUCAGCUGCCACUGUCAAGUUCGAUGAAGCUUUACGGUUCUCACUACAAAUGAAUGUCUUGGGGGUGAAGAAGUUGAUCGAAUUGAGCAAGAAAAUGACGAACCUAGAUGCUUUCAUUCAUGUUUCCACUGCCUACGCGAAUUGUGAUCGUCAGGAUGUUACAGAGUGUGUUUAUCCUCCACCUGUUCACCCACAGAAACUGCUGGAUGCUAUUGAGUGGAUGGAUGACGAAAUGAUAACAAAGCUCACACCCAAACUCAUUGGAUCCCGGCCAAAUACUUACACGUAUACGAAAGCCCUAGCCGAAUAUCUCCUAGUUGAAGAAAGCAAGUCAUUUUCUGUAGCGAUUGUACGCCCUUCAAUUGUUGGCGCAUCUUGGAAGGAACCAAUGCCGGGCUGGGUGGACAAUUAUAAUGGACCAACCGGUAUGUUAAUAGCUAUUGGUAAAGGCCUACUGCGUGUGAUGAAGGGUAACUUCUAUGCAACGUCAGAUAUGAUCCCGGUCGAUGUUGCGGUCAAUACUAUGAUUGCUGUUGGAUGGCACACAGGUGUUGAAAAGCCAAGCAAUACAAUGGUUUACAACUGCACUACGGGCCAGAUUAACCGACUCACUUGGGGUGAAUUAGAACGAUUGUCGCAUGAAUACUUGAUGAAAAAUCCACUAGAGGGAGCUGUCCGAGUGCCAAAUCCUCGGUUCACACGAAGCAGUUCAUGGCAUAACUUCAAAUCAGUCUAUGAGCAUCAGAUUCCAGCCUACUUCCUUGAUACGUUCAGAUGGCUUGCUGGCAAGAAACCAAUAUUUGUGCGGUUGUAUGACCGUCUGAGUAAAUCGGUGAGGAGUUUAGAUUACUUCACCAGCAAUGAGUGGAAGUUCCACAACGAUAAUAUGUUCAUGCUACAAGAUAAACUCAACCACGAUGACCAGAAGCUGUUCGACUUCGAUGUGAAGCAGAUUGACUGGCGCCAGUACAUAGAACACUACUGCCUUGGGGCUAAAAAUCAUAUUUUGAAGGAAGAUAUGACCAACAUGGAUAAACCUAGAGCAGAAAUGAAAAGACUCCAAACAUGGACGCGUAUUAUCAAAUUGGUUGGCCUUGUUAUUCUCUGGAGGUUCCUGGUCAGCCGGGUGAAGAUUGCUCGCAGCAUCUGGCACUUCAUUCUCCAGCUUGUCUCUAAGAUGAUCAGCAAGUUCCCAGGCAUUGCCAAGUCUUGAUAAACUCAUUGUUGCUAAUGCAAGAGGUAAAUGCAAGGAAGAGUAGGGUUCUACUCAGGUAACUUUGGGGUAGGCAAUCCCUCUCAGUACCAGCACAAAGCAUUUUUCCGUGUUCUGAAAAAUCCUGGCUAGAUCCCUAAAUAGACAGUGUUUUCUGUUCAAGGGCUGCACCUGUUGGGUACAAAUCAUGAUGUCACCAUGGUGUGUCUGAGUGAGCCUCUCAAGACGCACCACGUUGAUACUGUGAGUGGAUUAGAUUGAUGUCGGAAAUUCACAGCACUGCUUACCACCUCUGAGGUUGUGCUAUGGGCUUGUCUGAUCACUUCCUAUCAAGACUCUCUGCGGAGGUUUCCUGUGGUGUCUUAGAUUAGCUCCUACUCACAACAUUACAAACUUACUUGAUAUUAAGAAGAAUCAACACCAGAAGUGACAUGAGCUCUCCACGGAAGUGACACAGGACUUCCAAAUCUGUUGUGCAAUACAUUUUUCUCUUGGCUGCCGAUGUUACCAAUGUGUAGAAUCAUUGUCUUUAUAAAUUUUGCGACAUCUUGUUUCCAUUUGAGACUGUUGCCGUUUCAUUGUAAUUUUUUACACUGGCACUUGUGUUCAGAUUCAAAAAUGGAUAAAGAAUGUUAUUGAAUUGGGCUGUUAAUAUCUGUGCUGUGGUGUUGACACCUGUUCCUUGUCUUUUGGGAUAUUUCUGGCAGAUUCCAAGUACAUGUAAUAUAAAUUGUAAUAAUCUGCCAUACUAAAAAAAAGGUUUUUGAUCCCAUAUAAUUGGAAGGUUAUUUAGAUGCCUUUUCUGCGUUGUGUUCUGUUUAAUGUGCUUUUGAUCCCACCACGAACAACUAAGAACGAAUCUUCUUGGAUUCUGUAUUGCUAUCUACUUGAUGUGAACUUACCAAACUGUUUGCGCUCCCAAUGCAGAUAAGUUGUGCUGCUCUUUACAAGAGAAAACUUUAAUCAAAAGAUAUGCGGCCGAUUUUUAGUUAAGGCAGCUUUCUGUAUUUCUAAUAUUCCAGUUUAUUUACACAUUUCUUGUGGCUUAUAUACAAUCAGCAUUCAAAUGUUUUUACCAAUAACUCAAGUGACUGUCAGUACUCAAAUUUUUGGCAUUCAAAUGCCAGAAGCUGUGAUUUAAUUUAAUUUUCUUUCUUAAAAUACAUGUAGUCUAAACUAUUAUGCCACACUGUUUUGUUUUCUUCAAGUGCUGUUGGGAACAACAUAGUUCCAGUGUCACAUAUAAAAUGCAACCUAGGUACAAAAUAUAGUGUGUAAUUCUGCAAAAAAAUUGGUGUAAUUCCUUUUGUUUGGACUAGACAUAUUUUACGGAUAUCACUAUCAGUUGCCAUGUUAGGUGUUGAAUAACUUUUGGGUGUUUUAUAUUUGCAACUCUUCUUUACGCGCCCCCCCCCCAUCCCUUGUUGUAAAACACUUGUUAGCAUGAAUUAGUGUAUUUUAUGGACGAGUCAGAGUGUGUUGGCUGCUCAGAGUCGAUGUGAUAGUAACAAUCCCUUUAUUAUGAUAAAUUUAUACAUUAUGUUUACUGCUAAUCAAUAUGAUAUAUGUGAUAACUUUUCAAUUUGAAUAAGCCCUGUAUUUCCGAUUUAUUAUAAUGUUGUAACUGCCUUGUCUCACAAUGUAGUUUUGAAUAGCAUGUGACUCACUGGCAUUGCCUUUAUUUCCCCUAAUUAAUUAUUUGAUUUCAAAAGUUUUAAUCUUUUUAACUUAUAAUUCAUUUCUCUGGUUUGUGUUAAAGUUAGAACAGUUUAUUAAAUAUGUUAGUGGAUUAUUCAAUAACGUCUGACAAAAGAUAACCUAAUGGAUCUCUGCACCAGAAAAUGCUCUGCUCCUUAGCAAUGUGGGACCAUAAGCAGAUAAUGCUUCAUAGGAAGUAUGUGGCAUUUGGCUGUGGCCGGUGGGCUUCAUCUUUAGUCAGGUUUUAUUUUGGAGUUUCGAAUUCCGUCUCCUAGUCUGGUUGCCAUUGCCUGGCUGACAAGCGCAGACAACAUGGUUCAAUUUCAGAGUUUUCUCUCCUUCGGUGGUUGCCUACGAGGCCAGUCUCCCACUGGUUCGAGGGUAUUCAAUUGAACUCAACAAAAAAUAAAAGGGUUCAUUGUCGGUAUUAAAAGGGAACACUCACUGGCCUCCACAAUUGUGCAGACAUGUGUGGAAUAAACCUGUCGACCUGACUUGUUGUAAAUACUUUUUCAAACUAUGAUCUUGGGGCCUGGUCAGAUGUUUUUGCAAGUUAAGAGUCGUCGUACUAAUCUAAUAGAUAAUCCCUUAUAAUAUUGUGUAUAUUUGGUACAGUUUUGUUACAGUUUCAUUGCUGCUGAUUUUUGUGGGUGCUGAUUUAUUUCAUUGAUUGAUGCUGAUUGAAAGUCGAUCUCAACUUCUUCAAUUCCAACUUCACACUAAAAUUGAUUAUCUGAUCUCACCUUGUUGUUGAUGAUCUGUCUGUCCCUCACAAUCAAGGGGGUUAUAGAUUUUGGGCCAUCGAUUUGAAAGUUGUAGGAACUUGCCGACAGGGCAGAAUGCUGGUCGACAGAGCGAAAGCUGAACCUGUGUGCUUCAGUAUUGACUUUGUCUCUAGGCCCUCUGGCUAUACUCUAGGCACUCUAUAGGCAGUCUUUCUCCAUCAAAUCAAGUUCUUGAUAAUCAUUGUCUUUUCAUGUCUAGUUUGAUGUACUGUACUUAUAUGUGUACCCAGCUACUGCCUGUAAAGAUAUGUGGCCUGUAUGUUUGUUUCUCAGUGUCACCAAUACUGUACAAGGGUGUUCCAUUUGUAAUAAACUUUUGAAAGAACAAA